GCCCACCCCUCCUCCUUCUUGCUGACCUUCGCCACCUCCCCCUCCUCUUCGGCCCUCCAGUGGCUGGCCGCCUCGAGGAUGAAGUUCGACGGGUUUAUGGACUCAAUGUCGGGGUUUACUCAGUUUACAAUCGAGGAGACGACGAUCUCGAGCAAGCUGUGUUUUGUUGAUGACGCUCCAAGAAUCGGAAGUCAACAUACUGAAGAUUCCAGACAGGCUAAUAACAUGUCAUUAAGCUUUUCUAGUUAUGUAUUUGCCUCAUGCUACAUAAUGCAGAUUAUCAGGUGCUUGACAAGGUGCUUGACAAUUAUAAGGUUUCUCAAGACGCUGCAGAGUAUAUCAAUUCCUUUGUCAAAGAAAGAAUUCCUGCACUUGGAUUUCAUACAUGGUCUCGUUCCAGUUGAGGCUAUCAUAGCUCCCUAUGAGUCUGAUAUUAGAAAGUACAAAAUUGAGAUUGCAUCUCUACAAGAGGACAUAAAGGCAUUAGAGAGACUAAUAAAAUCCAAAGAUGUAGCAUUAGUAGAAGUUGAAAGAACAUUGCAUUCCGCUAAUGAACGGGCAAUGAUUGUAGAAAAUUUGCAAAACCAGAACCUUGAACUGAAGAGGCAAAAAGAGAUAUGCCAGGAAGAAAACAGACUACUAGAGAAAGCAAACAGGCAGAAGGUUUUGGAGGUUGAGAGUCUUUCUCAGACUAUCAGGGAACUUGAGGAAUCCAUUCUUGCUGGUGGUGUAGUUGCUAACGCGGUCCGCGACUACCAGAGGCAGGUCGCUGAGUUAAAUUGCAGCACUAAACUAAUGAAUUCUAGAACUAAGGUCUCAGCAAAUCGCGUGGCAGCAGCAGUAGCAAAUGAGUGGAAAGACGAAGGCGAGAAACUCAUGCCUGUCAAGCAAUGGAUAGAAGAGCGCAGGUUUUUGCAGGGAGAGAUACAAAGGUUGAGAGACAAGCUAACUAUAUCAGAACGAACUGCCAAGACUGAAACUCAACUCAGGGAUAAAUUCAAGCUGAGGCUAAAGAUACUAGAAGAAGGUUUGAAGGGAGCAUCAAAUUCUGAGCCAGUGAAUGGAUCUACAUUUUGUAAUGGAAGUAUAAACAAGCGAUCAUCAUCUCAGCCAAGGGCUUCUGUUGCUUCCAUUAGUAGUUCAGUCCUUCAGCAGCCUGAUCCAGUUUCAGUUGUGGAAUCAACUAGAAAAAUAGUACGAACGAAUAGCUUGAACAAAAAGUUCAAUGCUAGGGAAAUUCUUGCUAAAAAGAAUUUAUGGGCCCCAAGAAGCAAAUUCUUUGAUGGUCGCGGGAAGGAGAAUUCAGAAGAAAAGGUUAAUUCUAAUGGGCAUGUACAUGUUAUUAGUCCUGAAAAAGAAGAGGUUUCCAAAGAAGUGAAAACCAGUGGUUAUGAUGAUAUUGUACCACAAACUAAUUAUGUAUCUCUCUACUAUUUUCUAGUAUUUUGGUGAAUGUAUUAUUUGAAUAUAAUGGGAUUUGAUAUUGGAAUAUAAUUAGAUUGUGUUGGAUAUGAAUA